GUCGACCGUUACAAUCUGGGUUUUGCCAAGUAAGUGUUACCAUACCAUAUCUCGGCGACUCUUGUGUUCUCAAGUUGUGGGCGAUACCGGCCCUUUGUGUUGGCGAGGAAUCGGAUGCUGCUCGAUCAACCGGUCACAACAAUCGUUUCAAUACAUUGCAACUGCAACAGCAAUAUCUUGGUUCGCAGCUAACACUCUCCCAGCAGGCGCAGCUACUCCGCGUAGUCUGGCCCAGCAUGUCAUCGUCUCCCACCGACCCGAGGGGCCGGCCGAUGGCAGAGCCUCCCGCCGUUCUUCCUCCCGAGAAUAAACCGGAGACAUUAGGUCAGGAUCACCAGUACGCCGAAACCCUGCAAAAUCCCUUCCCGGAGGUUAUCCUGUCUCCAGCGUCGAGCACAGCUGUUGGCACCGCACCAACAUCGCCAGUCGCAGUCAACAGUGUCGACAACGCCAACGACGCGUCAACGGAGAAUGAGACACGCUCUUCCCUCCAUCAUCAAGGCACAAUCAGCAGCAAGGAGGACCCCGUCAUGCGCGAGGAUGUGUGGGUCGACCCAAGGGAGGAGCCGUGGUACAAGGCCGUCUCGCCGAGGAGGUGGGCCACCAUCGUCAUCUGUACCGUCGGCAUCACCGGCGUUGUGCUGGCAAUACUCGGCGCCAUGAACAAGCUCUCUAGUGGAAGGUACUGAAAGACGCCAACGACCCCAAAUCUAACUCCUUGACGCCGGAUGAGAACAUCCGCUAACCAGACCCAGUUCCUCUGACGCAUCCCCCCUGGUCGGGGAUGGUACAUCGAUGACAAGCACGACUCCUGCAACCCCGACGGCCUCUGCCGAUCCAGAUUCCACCGUAAGCCCUUUCUCUUUCCUG